AUGGGAGUAUCAGGUUUACUACGAACGACACUUCGACAAGGCAGCCGCCUGGUUCGAGUAAGACAAACCUGCUGUUCUCAGAUUGCUAUUCUCCGGCAAAGGGAACCCGUCGAGCUUAGGCAAACGGGACGGACUGCGACUGUUCUCCGCGACGGUGGCUGGUUCGGCGGCAUACCUAAACCGCCUCCCAAAAACACCGUGCCGCCAAGCGAUUGUCUCCUAGAUAUUCUCCCUAAGGAAGAUAUCUCGGAGUCGGAGGAAGCGUUUGAGAAGAACGGCUUCUCCAGCCCAGGUUCGUACUAUCUGAAACAUAAGGCGAACCCGAGUUGGAAUCUAAGAAAUGUCAAGUACAAUACCGUGCUUAAGAUGCCAGUCCUUUUCGUCGAGGCUAGGUUCAAUACCGGUGCCAACACUUGGCUCAACCCAAAAUUCGCCGAACAGAAGAAGAGUUUAUGUCAGAAUUUGGCAUGGGGUACGAUCGAUGCAUCGCAAUGGGUCCCCUCGGAGAAGCGCCAGGAGACGGAUGCUGCUAUCGCGAGAUGGCUAGUAGAAGAUGUGCCGUCGUACUGGCCAGCACCAUCGGUUUCUACACGAUAG